AUGAUUCUACUGCGACAUUGGCAAUUGAAUUUUUCACCAGUGAAGAUCAUCCUCUCCAAACAGUUGGUUAGAAAUGCUUCUGCUUCUUCUUUGCCGACGACAGCAUUGCAAUCUCAAAGCGCAGAGAAUGACAAUUCCAUUGAUCCAAAAUUGAUCAAGCAGCUAUUCAUCGGGAAUGCGUUCCGGAAUGUCGAUGAUGCCAUUGAUCAUUACUUGCAUUUGUACUGUCGUCAACAACGAGAAUCCCCAGAGAAUUUACAACUGGAAGACCCGGAAAAGCAGAAAAUAAUGAAAUUAAUGGAUCAAUAUGAUCAAGAAAUGAAGGACACAGCAGCACACAAGAACUCGUUUUCUCAACACUAUUAUAUCAAACAACAAUUACUUGACUAUUUGUUUUAUCAAGGUAUCACCAACGGCACCAAGAAUAACCAACAGAUAGCAAGAACCAGGGUUGUGACUAACGAUAGAAUGGAAGUGAAAAAAACUCGGUGGAAGCUUGCAAAAUUGAAACAACGAUCAUUUGGAGAAAAAGUUAGCUACAUGAGAUUUCUAGCAGCAUUAUACGGCCGGGAUUCAAUCAAUGAUAUCUCUCUGAUUUUCUCCCUGAUGAACACUCAAUCCAAGCAAAGCAAUACUCAUUCACACGAGUUUUCUAAUAUGGCCAAGGGAGACAACCUUAUAACACCUAAAACCGCCAUAAUACACAGCCCGACCAACCGGAAUUUCAUCAAGCAUGAACAAACCAUUUAUGAUUUGACGUAUUACUCCGAUCUUUUACAAGCAUAUAUUGAUCUCCCAAACCCUAGACCAGAUUAUGUGGAGGCUCAACAUCUAGAUGAUUUAUUAUCGGUAUUCUUGAAGAUCAACUCGCGGUUUUUCCGAUUGAACGGCAGGAAUUUAAAAAAACUGUUCUUGAAAGCUUUCUUCACCGUUACCGAGGAUCUAUUGGAGAAUGUCCAGCCAAUGACAAUUAAAGAACGGAACCAUUUGUCAUAUUUAAGGCUGAUGUUUUAUGAGCUUUCUGACAAUAAUGAGGUAAGUAGCGAUGUGGCGGAAGAUAGAGCAACUAGAAACGAAAUUCGACGAGCUCAAUUGAGGGAAGAUUAUCAGAGCCAUAAGUCGAAGUUUGAAACCCCUGAUUUAUCCGCAUUCAAUAUUUUCUUACAAGGAGCGAUCAAAUUGGGAGAUGAAGGCUUGAUCAACGAAAUCACUCGUGAUUUGUUAAAAUUGCAAAAUUUCGAUGGAAAUCAUGGGGACCUUCUUUCAAGUUUCCAAUCAUCAGGACUUAAUAACCGUUUUACGUUGAUUCAGAUGCUUAAUCAUCAUUUCAAUGGAAAAAACGUGUUGAAAAGCCGGCAAAGUACUUAUGAAUCAUUAAACAAAUUUUUGACCAAGUUAUUAUCAUCCAACAUAACCCUUGACAUUCAUCUUUUGAAUUCGUUGAUCCAUGUUAUUCUUUUUAAUGUCAGGGACAUUGGAACUGCCAAAUUAAUGUUUAAUGAAAUGAUUGAAAUGAGUGUUACAGAAGCUGGACAGAGUAUUGAUACCAAAAUAAAGACCGAGGAUUAUAAGGGACAGCAUAAUAAAAAAAUGUUGGAAUUAGACCAGCUAAAAUGGCUAGUGCAUAGCAACAACUAUAAUAAUGCUGGUAUUGGGAACCAGAGUUCGCCAGCUCCUACUAUUUGUCCGUUGACAUUCAAAUUCAAAAUGAACCGAGACACAAUUAUUAUGUUCUUAAGAUAUUAUUGUCAACUUGUUGAGAAAACUCCUUCUUCUGGCCCAGUACAUUUCAAAACUAUUGCCCAAUUGAUUUUGUUGAUGGAAUCAGAUGUCGCUAACCGGUUUUGGUUCUUCAAUGAAUACAAUGCCUUGUAUGAUCAAGAUGACGUUUUAAAAUUCCUGGAUUUAAAUAGCAAAUUCAAGAAGGAGUCUCAGGUGCUACAACCCGAUGGUGGGAUGGCGGUGAAUACUAGCUCAUUGAGCUCGCUCGACUACAAUGAUAUCUUAUGGGCCUUUAUCGACCACAAUAAUGUACUAAUAGAGAACCACCAUGAAUAUUUGAAUGAUAACGAAGAAACCACAGAUGAUCUCCGUGACCCAUCAUCUGCCGCUAACGGGUCUUAUAAAGGGACUGAGUCCGCCAAUGAUAGUAAUACGAGUGUUGAUGAUCACAGAAAAUCCAUUGAAUCAUGGAACUUUGAAACUUUACAACUAUUGACUCGCUACUACUUGGAUAAUCUUAACCGGCACCACGCGUCUCCUAAAUCCUGCACGAUUUCUAAUGGGAACAACUCACCUUACAAAACAUUAUUCUUGAAUUACAGUCUAUUCAUGAAAUUUAUAGCGGCGUACCAAACCAUUAUGAAGUCUCGAAACUUUUGCGGGGAACUAGCUUCGGAAUUGAAACUUUUAGAAAUAGAUUUGGAGAAAGCAGGCGAAAUGGGAUACGAAGGAUAUUUGAAGGAUAAACAUUUGCUGUCUACUGUUAACAAACAUAGAUCCCUGAUUCAAUCUGCUGCACCACCAUUGGACACCAGCACAUAUCCUGGAACCAUUUCUAAUGGCUCAUCGUUGUUUACUCAAACACUGUGGCCUUACGAUAUCCUUAAUGGGAAAUCUUCUCAUGAUAGGUAUACUUAUACCCAUCCACAAAGCUCGAACUUCAUUCUUUAUUCCACCAAACCUCAAAACUUGUUUGAGGAAUACAAUGCGUCAUUGGCCACCCAGUUGGAACCUGAGGAAAAGUUCAUUAACCUUUGGAAAUUCCUUGAGGAUGCCAAGCGGGAAUUUGAGUACCAAAAAUCGGAAAUGUUGAAACAGGAUAGCAAGGAAAGGAAACUGGAAGAUACGAUGGAAUUGGAAAUAUUGGCAAGGAAAGUAUUGGAAACUAUUGCCUAUUUGAAAUUAUGA